UCACAAAUUGUGUAGAAUCUUGUUUAGAUGUCUUUUAUUGAUGUUCCACAAUUUGGGCAUGACGAACAGACGCUAAAUAAAAUAUGUCAACUAGGCUUUAUCGUUUACUCUUUGUUGGAGCACCGGGGGUUGGAAAGGGGACCUACUCCAGCCGCGCUGCGGCGGCUUUACGGUGCACUUCAAUUUCCAGUGGUGAUCUCCUCCGUAGCGAAGUCGAAAAAGAUACGGAAAUCGGUAGGAGGGUGAAGAACUUAAUUGAAAACGGUAUUUUUGUCCCAGACGCACUCAUCUCUGAAAUGGUGAUGAAUCAUUUUACACAGAUGCACACUUCCGCUGAGUUUCAUGGCUAUAUUUUUGAUGGCUUUCCUCGCAAUUUCACGCAAGCCAAGACGAUUUGGGAUUCCGGCGACAUGCCAAUAGAUUGUGUGAUCAACUUUGCACAGCCCAACAAUGUUAUUUUAGCGAAGGUGUCCUCACGGCGCAUGUGCUCCAACUGCGGAUUUGUGUACAAUUUGGCGAAAAUUGACGAAGGAGGGAUUAAGAUGGAUCCAUUGCUUCCUCGAGUGAAGGGAAUAUGCGACAAAUGUGGCUCUACCGGACCGCUUGUUACUCGAAAGGAUGAUGAAUUUUCUGUUAUGGAGGCUCGUUUGAAGGAUUACGAAAAGAUAUCAGUCCCUCUGCUCCACUUUUAUCAAGAAAAGGGCGUAUUACACAACUUUGAGGUUCUUGGUGGCGCAAAACAGUACCUUCCAAGGCUUCUGGAACUUAUUAAGUCUAUUUAUUCUUGUGUUUGA